AUGGGUGUCAUUCGUCUACCUCGCCCAACGGGCAUCUAUGUCCCCAAUUCCCCCAGAACCCUCACCAACGACAUGAUCUCUCCGCCGCUUUCCCCUGAAUUUAGCUUCGAUUCUGAGACCAUAAUUCCUUCUAUUCUCCCCGCCAUGGAAUAUGUCUCCUGCAAACUCCAACAACGAAUGAUGCAUGUUACACUCCUCGUGGGCCGCGGCAAGCCCUAUCCGACCGGCCAACCCUCCGACCUAAUGGUAAUUCCCGUCACACCACUGGAGCCCCAAUCGUCACGACUUCUGGAGAGGUCCCUGGCCAAGGCAUCGAGGAAGUUCUCCUUGGGCACCAGUUGGACCGACGCCCUCGGUCGCAGCCAGUACGAGCGUCAAGCAAAUGAGUGUCUGGUCAAACAAUCCAUCCUCCAAAACGAGGUUGUUUUCAGUCAAGAAGGCCUAACCCUCCUCAAUAUGGAUCGCAUUUACACUUUUAAACGCCGCAUGUGCAUCCUUUCAAACCGACCAUUUUCGCGCUCGGAUGAACCAUCCAUAACUUCCUGCAUCCAGUUACUUCACCGCAUCGUCGGUGACUACCAAGGCCGCCCAUUCAGCAAGGCCUUCUUUCACCGCGUCUAUGAGCAACUAGAUAUCCCCGAUGAGCAGCUUACAGCUAUUGCAACUGCUUAUAAGAACAUGUACAAGAAAGAUGCCAUUAUCAUUCCACCAGUUCCAGAGCCUGAGCGUACUCCGGAACGUCUGCCAGUUCGCAGCAAAGUUGAACAAGUCCAGGCUGUCAAGAUCGAGAAAGCUCCCACAGUCAAUGUUAUUGAGGUCAAGCAGCCUCCUAAGGUGAAGGCCAUCAAAGCCGACCGACCCCGUGAGCACGUGAAAAGUCCUCGCGAAUAUGCCAAGAAGUCGCCUGUUAUUCACACUGUUCGUGGUCGGAGACAGCCUCCACCUUCAAAGAUGAGAUAUCAGACGAGACGUGGGCCCAAGACCCCCCUGUCAGCUUCCGAUGUCACUCCCAUCACGAGGAAUGAGUGGAACAUUCUCAGCAAAGAUGUGCGGCAGCAGCCCAAAGUGACCAAGUGGGUUCCGUCUCCGACCGUGUUCGCUGUCGCUUGA